AUGGCAUCGUCGUGGAUUCACCUCCCUCGUUCACACAUUGAGUGGCGUCAAGUGGAGCAUGGCUUCAAGCUAAAGAAUGGCAUGGUUGGGGUCGUUGGUGCAAUAGAUGGGACCUUAAUCGAAAUCCUGCGUCCACGUCUACAUGAAGGGUUCUACAAUCGACACGGCGACACGUCGUUGAACAUUCAAGCUGUUGUCGACAGCGCUGGGUCGUUCAUGAGUGUGGACAUGCGGGCGGGAUCGUUUUCGGACAAAAAGAUCUGGAAAUUGUCGGAACUGGGCAAUACUUUCCGCGCCAAAGCCCCCUAG